AUGAAAUUAAAAAAUAAACUCAUUAUAUUGUUCAUACAUUUUUUAACUGACGUCUCAAGAAGUGACUUCACACACGACGAUAAGACACUUGGAUUUUCUGCUAAUGAUGGCGCCCUUUACACCGAUGAUGCAGUUUUUAUUAGUGUUGAACCGAUUCGUUUGAAACGUCAAUCAAACAACACCAGGGAUGACAAACAACUAUUGUUUUUGCAAGCUAGACAAGCAAAUGAUGAAACUUUUGGAAGAGAUUGUGAAACAACUAUGGGGAAAAAGGGAAUUUGCAAGAGCUUUCGCGACUGCUACCCAUUAUUUAAGAUUGUGGACUUAUCCGGUUACGAUGGUUGGGUCAUGGGUCACUAUGAUACCUGUAGUUUUCUAAACAGGGAAAAUUUAGAGGUAUACGGAGUGUGUUGUACGAAACCCGUUGGCACGCCGCCGCAGCAAGAACCAGACGUGCAACGACUUGGUCUUUUUAGACCUCCUUAUCCGAUUUCAAUGCACAACUACCAAAAUCCAUCACCUAUCGUACCUAAAUGGAUGAACGAGCCUCUUCAUCGCCAGAUCUUCUCUCAAUGGCCGCCUACUAUACCACCGCUACCCACACACCCACCGGACCACACAGCUCCAACACAUCCGCCAUCUAUCGUUGCCGGUAUUCCGACUACGACUAAACCUUCAAACGGUUUACCAUCUACAACUUGGGGUACGAAACCUCCAGCUACGACGAAACAGACCUGGCCUCCGGCAUAUCCCACACAACCCACUAAGCCAACCGGACAACCGGGCGUGGAUUCGUCGUGUGGAAUCAAGAACGGUCCACAGACCUACGGAAGUACGUAUGAAUCUCUUGACGAGGAGCGUAUAGUGGGUGGUCAUAACGCGGAGCUAAACGAGUGGCCGUGGAUAGUAGCGCUGUUCAAUAACGGAAGACAAUUCUGCGGAGGAUCCCUUAUAGACGAUAGACAUGUUUUAACAGCAGCUCAUUGUGUAGCUCAUAUGACAUCGUUGGAUGUGGCUCGACUCACAGCGAGAAUGGGAGACUACAACAUACGGACGAACACAGAGACACAACACGUUGAGAGAAGAAUCAAAAGAGUUGUCAGACAUCGUGGUUUCGACAUGAGGACAUUAUACAACGACGUAGCUGUUCUGACUUUGGAUCAACCUGUGACUUUCACAAAGAACAUUCGACCGGUUUGUCUUCCCGGAGGAGCUAGAGCUUAUUCUGGACUUAUCGCGACCGUCAUAGGAUGGGGAAGCUUGAGAGAAAGUGGUCCUCAACCAUCUAUUCUACAGGAAGUGUCAAUACCAAUUUGGUCUAACAACGAGUGUCGUCUCAAGUACGGCUCCGCGGCUCCUGGUGGGAUCGUUGACCACAUGCUGUGCGCUGGUAAAGCCAGUAUGGAUUCAUGCAGUGGCGACAGUGGUGGACCUCUGAUGGUGAAUGAAGGUGGUCGUUGGACUCAAGUCGGUGUAGUGUCCUGGGGUAUAGGAUGUGGUAAGGGUCAGUACCCUGGGGUCUACACACGAAUCACUUCCUUCCUACCUUGGAUACAGAAGAACGCUAAGUGA